AUGUAUACUCUAUGGGGUAACCCUAGUCAUAUGGCAUAUAUUAAGAGCCAAUUAGAAACUCAAUUCUCUAAGCAUUCCUUUAACAACGAGAAAUUGUUUGUAUAUACUACAGGCUCUCAUCCAGGGUAUAUUACGUAUGAUGGAAUCGAUAUCAAUGGCAAAAGAAUAAGUGAUGAGAUAAAAACUAUCACCAACUCCUUAAUGAAUCAAGGAGGUAAAGUAACAAAGUUUUCAUGUGUUGGAUACUCCUUAGGAGGUUUGAUGAUAAGAUAUGCCAUUGGAGAGUUGUUUAAUAGUAAUUACUUUGACCAUUAUAAUAUUGAACCCGUUAACUUUGUUACCUUCUGUUCUCCUCAUGUGGGAGUGUUGUUGCCAGAAGUCAACUUAUCCAUUAAGCUAUUUAAUAAGAUUGUGCCUUAUUUAUUGGCCAAUACGGGGAAUCAAUUGGUACUCAAAGACACUAUCAACCAUCAUCAACAUUCUCACCAACAACUACCUUUAUUGGUGUUGAUGUGUGACCCUCGGUUCUGUUUCUUUAAGGCGUUAGCCAGCUUCCACUAUAGAUCUCUAUACACCAACAUCAUCAAUGAUAAACGUACCUGCUUCUUCACAGCAGGUAUAUCCAAUAGGGACCCCUUUGACUCAAUGCACAACCAGCUGGCUCUGGGGUACCAUUUGGCUUACAUUAAGGAGUACGCACCAGUGAUCAUCGACUACUCCAAACUGAUCCAUUACUCCAAGAUCUUGCUAGUAGAUGAUGAUGCGGCUGCUGCUACUGGCGCUACUGGUCCACGCUUGUCUAACUUCAUUUCAAGGAAAUUGAACUGGUUCAGAGUGUUAGCAAACAUCAUCUUUCUCACACCACUAUGGGCCAUCAGUUUGAUAUGUAGAAGCGUGGUGGAGAGAGUUAGAUUGAGUCUCAGAGUACGCAAGUUCUUUAAAGAGACUUCCAUCUUACAUCUAUACGAUAUCAUUGACGAUACAGAUACUGACGAAGAUGAGGACGAAACUGUGGAUAUUCCUUCCAUAAAAGGAAGCACCACUAUUGAAGAUGAGAACGCAGACACCGUCUACAUUUCCAAUGAAUUGAAUACUCAAACAGAUAUGUUUAUGGAGUCAGUGUUUGAUGCUAUGCACACACGAAAAUACCAUCCCUAUCAAUAUGGAUUCACUUCAUCUUCCAAGGGCCAACUGCCCUUACCUUCUACUCUGCAUUUAAAAGACUUGAAGUCGACGAAAUAUAGAAACGAUUCAAACCAUGGUGACAAUGAUGAGUUCCGGUUGAAAUUGACUAGCCAUCAAGAAUACAUCAUUGAGCAAUUGAACUCACUUAAUUGGUCUAAAUAUCCAGUGCUUAUUCGUCGAACCAAAGCCACCCAUGCUGCCGUCAUAGUUAGAAGUGAAGAACCUCUGUUCGAAGAAGGUAAAUUGGUGGUGGACCAUUUUGUCAAAUCAUUUCGUUAUUAA